AUAAAAUAAAGAUGACAGUUAUCGGCAGCAAUUCUUGAAAAACUUGUUUCAAAAGUGGUAAAGAAGAACCGAAAUACUACAAAAAUGGAUGAAGAAGAAACGGUGGGUUCUGGCGACAAUUUGAGCGAGGAUUUUAGAUCCCGCACGAAUUCAAAAACAUCCGAGUCCAGCCUCGAAGGACGCAAGUCUCGCACACUAUUAUGCAAACCGCCGUUGAAAUACAGAAGGGACCCAGACGCCAUACCUUUUCAUAUCCCACACAAAAAACUCCUCGAGAAAAUUGAAUCCAAGAAAACGGAAACUGAACCAUUGGCUGGAUUUAGAAAACUCCAGGAACAAAUUAUUGGGAGUCGGAAAAGAGAACUCGAAGAAAAAAAGAUACCUGUAGUUGUGUCGGAAGUAGUUCCGGCAAGAAAAGCUCGAGCAGGCGUGCUAUUCGUCGAUCAAGAGAAAAAAACUCCAGUAAAACUAACCAAUGUAAUGAACCAAACUGAAUGGAUACAAAAAAUGAGAGAAUCGACGGAUGGUUCCUUUGUUUAUCUUACGUACGCCGUUCCUAAAUCUUCGGAGCUGUUCAAUCCUUACGCUUUGAGCAUCGCCACAUACAAGAACGUCGACAAAUCGAAUUUCUUCACGAUGAGCUCGAAAGGGGUGAUGCAACACGUCGGCAGCGAGAUAAUCUUCACCACCCUCGACAAGUGGGAGGAGGAGUACCAGAUGUACUGCCGACUGAUGGAGAUCAAGCUGUUCUUUUUCUUCCGAAAGUGGAAGGGCUUCUACGUUUGGAGGCGGAACGUCAUCCAGAGGAAGAUGAACUAUGCCAGGAAGCACCUGGAAGAGAACAUGCUCGUUUUGAAUCCGAUUCUGAGGGAUGGACUGCUCAGCAUCCAGGAGAUGUGCUACAAACUGGUGGACGUCACGUUCACCGAUGUCGGAACUAUACAAGAUAUCUGGUUGUUUUACUUUAUAGAGAAGCAGAUGGAUAAACUGGAUGUUAUCAAAGCGAGAAUUGACGAAUACCACGACGUAACCAAGGAGCUAGUAGGGAACGCCUGCCAUGGAGCAUUGUUAGCGAAAGGAUUCGUUGUAGAUGAAAGAAUUGUUGAUGACACAAGAGAUAAAAAAUUUAAGCGGCCCCAAAAGAUCAGCUACAUAGAACAAGCUGCUAAGAAAAAAUUCUGUGAACGUCUUGCUAGCUUCAUCAUGCUGGUGGAUUAUAUAAGCAUAAAUAUGCUUCACCAGCUCAUUAUCAAUUCCAUAAAUGAGCUCAACGGGAUUUUCGAAAUGCACACCCAAUUCUUACCUACUGAAAGUCAGUUGAAUCUCACGGACAGAAUGCAGAUCGAUAUUAAACGACCAGACGAGUAUCCCGAGCUUCCAUUAUUUAUUGUGUACAUCGUUUUGAAGGAGACCAAUUUAGUUUUGGAUCCGUCACUGAAAGUGACCUGUGAUAUUUUUCAACAAAUAAUCGAUUUAUGGGAGGAAUAUGCAAUUUCCGUCAAGUCGUAUGUUGCAGACCCCUUUUAUUCUGUAUUCACGACGCCGGUAAUAAACGAGAAAAUCGAAGACAGAAUAUGUGGCUGGGGACCGACUCUGGCAUUCAAUAUAUCCCAAGAUGAACAUCUGGUAGCAAUCAAAGAAAAAAUGUUCGAUUAUUUCGAAAUAAACUACAACACUGCUACUGUUUUCUUGAAGAGAUUCGAGUCCGUCAGAGAUUUCUACGCCGAAGAUCUCUUAGUAACCGAAAAGGAUAUUACGGAAGAAAAAGAUCUGGAAAAAUUUCGAGCGAUGUGCGCAAGAUACCACUCAGAGAUAGAAAUCGUACAAAGUAUGUCUACCACUCAACCCAUGGGAAUGUUGUAUCUUCAGCUGUCUGGGUUGAAGAACUCUGCAAGUCCAGAACCUAAAAGGCUUCUCAAGAUCGUUGAGCACACGUUACCCUGGAUCGGUCAGACGAAAGUGGACGCUAUGAUAGCAGAAGUUAACGAAAUUGAAGUCUUCUUGCUCCAAGAACCUGUUGAAACCUUAGACUAUGUCAAGUAUUUGGAGUAUAUUGAGCAAUGUCCAUCGCGAGUAGACAGGAUGGAGGAGGAACUGGACUACUGCAAGGAAUUGUACGACAUCAUGGAGGAAUUCAGAAUCCAAGUCCCGCAAGAGGAGAUGCAAAAUUAUCUGGGGCUGAGCGUAACUCUGGGUAACCUGAGGAAUCUGGUUGACAAAAAGAUCGAGGAGACUGGAAUACUCGUGAAGCAAUUUAACGAUCAGAUGAACAAAGACAUAAGCCAAUUGAUUUCGGAAGUUGGUACAAUAAAGGACGAGUGUAUGCAACCUUGGCUAUACGACAUCGACUCCAAUAUAACUGAAGUUAUGGAAUUCUUAAGAGAUCUCCACGACCGUCUGGCGAUUUGCCAAAAUCGUGCAGCCGAGUUCAAAAACUAUCAAAAACAAUUCAGACUUGAAGUCACUCGCUUCGAAGUGCUCGAUGAGGUUAUGCAAGACGUUAAACUCCGAAUACUCCUAUGGGAAAGCGUCGAUUCCUGGGCCAAAACAGUCGACGAAUGGUAUCACUGUCCGUUCUCCGAGCUCAACACGGAAGACAUGAACCUUUUCAUCGCCAAGAACUUGAAAUACAUCAACCAACUCGAAAAGGGUCUGCCGGGUAACUUGAUCGUUCCAAAGUUGAGAGACGAAGUGGAGCUCAUGAAGGAUAAGCUCCCAGUUAUAACGUACUUGAGAAAUCCUGCGAUGAAAGUACGACACUGGAUUAAAGUUGAGAACGUUCUUAACUACAAGUUCAAAACUGACAUUGUCACGACCCUGGAACUUCUGGAGAACCUCAACGUUUUCAGUUAUCCCGCAGAGUUGAUGGAAAUAUCUGGGCAAGCUAGCAGUGAGUCCAGUUUGGAGGCGUUGCUGAAAAAAGUGGAAGAAGCGUGGAAAACUCUGGAAUUCAUAGUCAUUCCGCAUAAAGACUCGAAAGAUGUUUUCAUACUCGGGACCCUGGAAGAUGUUCAAGCCGUUCUGGAUGAGAGCAACAUCAAUAUAAAUACAAUUGCGAGUUCCAGACAUGUCGGUCCCAUCAAAUCUAAAGUUGACGAGUGGAUUAAGAAUCUUGAUCAGUUUUCUCGAACCUUGGAUGAAUGGAUGACCUGCCAGCAGAGUUGGAUUUAUCUGGAAGUGAUUUUUUCAGCUCCUGAUAUACAGAGACAGUUGCCAAACGAAGCAAAAUUAUUUAUUGUCGUCGACAAGUCUUGGAAAGAAAUCAUGAGAAGAACAGCAAAGAUGCCUUUGGCGAUGGAAGCUGCGCUAUACCCUGGUCUCUUGGAGGCUCUUCAGAGAAACAACGGCCUGCUUGAGCAAAUCAUGAAGUGUCUCGAAUCCUACCUGGAGACGAAACGAGUCGCCUUUCCACGUUUCUACUUCCUGUCCAACGACGAACUACUGGACAUCCUGGCGCAGACGAGGAAUCCACACGCUGUGCAGCCGCACUUGAGGAAGUGUUUUGAUGCCAUCGCCAAACUGGAGUUCGGCGUCAAAGCGGCGGAUGAGAUAGAGGGGGAGAGCUCCGGGCAGCUGAGGAGUAAGUCAAGCGCUAUCAUUUUGACGACGGAUAUCAUCGCCAUGAUCAGCCCCGAGGGAGAGAGAGUAGCUCUUGGUAAAGGCUUAAAGGCUCGCGGAAACGUAGAAGAUUGGCUUGGAAAAGUCGAAGAGUCCAUGUUCCUAUCCCUGCGUAGAUUGAUGAAGCAAUCCUUGAGCCACUACCAGAUCGUGACUAGAACCGAAUGGGUUGUGUGUCAUGCUAAUCAGAUUAUACUCACAGUUUCUCAGAUAAUGUGGGCCAAAGGUGUUCAUGAAAUUCUAGACGGAGACAGUGAUACUCACAAGAAGAUGGAGCAGUACGAGAAGAAAUGCAUACAGGAUUUGAAUGACUUAGCAGCAUUGAUAAGGACAGAUCUGCCUUCAGUGACAAGAAAAAUUCUAAUCGCCCUCAUAACUCUUGACGUUCAUGCGAGAGAUACAAUCCACAACAUAGUGAAGAGUGAAAUAUCAGACAGCAACAGCUUCGAGUGGCUCAAAGUAUUGAGAUACUACUGGGACGAAAACAUAGAUGAUUGCGUAGCCAGAAUGUCGAGCGCCUCCUACGUCUAUGGCUACGAGUACUUGGGAGCAGCGGGGGUGUUAGUGAUCACACCACUCACGGAUCGAUGUUAUCUUUGCUUGAUGGGAGCUCUUCAACUGGAUCUUGGAGGUGCUCCUGCAGGGCCUGCUGGGACCGGUAAAACCGAAACUACCAAAGAUCUAGCCAAAGCGCUUGCGAUUCAGUGUGUUGUAUUCAACUGUUCCGAAGGUCUAGACUACAAGAUGAUGGGGCGGUUCUUUUCUGGUCUAGCGCAGUCGGGAGCUUGGUGUUGUUUCGACGAAUUCAAUCGUAUCGAUAUUGAAGUGUUAUCUGUUAUCGCUCAACAGUUGAUCACGAUUCGAAACGCCAAGGCCGCUAAACUAGCAAGAUUCAUGUUUGAAGGCCGUGAAAUCAAGUUGAUUCAGAAAUGCGCAGCAUUCAUAACCAUGAAUCCUGGUUAUGCGGGAAGAACAGAACUGCCGGACAACCUGAAGGCCCUUUUCAGGCCGAUAUCCAUGAUGGUUCCCGACUACGCUCUGAUCGCAGAGGUGAUUCUCUACUCUGAGGGAUUCGAAUCUUCCAAGAAUCUGUCCCAGAAAAUGGUCCAGAUGUACAAGCUGUGCAGCGAACAACUGUCACAGCAAGAUCACUACGAUUUCGGAAUGCGAGCGGUCAAAAGCGUUUUAGUGAUGGCCGGUUCUCUCAAGAGAGCAACUCCUGAUCGAGAUGAAGACGUGGUCCUCAUUUGUGCUUUGAGGGAUAGCAAUUUGCCGAAAUUCUUGUCGGAUGACGCGCUGCUUUUUCAGGGAAUUCUCAGUGAUCUUUUUCCUGGCAUCGAAUUGCCAGUGCCUGAUUAUGGAGUCUUCCAGAAUACAAUCAUCGACUGUAUGGUCGCCCAGAAUCUGCAGCCUGAACUCUGCAUGAUCAAUAAAAUCAUCCAGCUCUACGAGACCAUGAUAGUGAGGUGGGGAGUUAUGUUGGUAGGGCCGACUGGAGGUGGAAAAACUUCCAUUCUCAAUACGCUUAAUAAAACCUUGACUCAGAUGCACACGUUGGGCAUCGAGGGUUCGUAUUUCAGACCAGUCCGCACUUAUACCAUGAAUCCCAAAGCCGUAACUGCUGGAGAAUUGUAUGGUGAAGUGAACCCUUUCACGCUGGAAUGGAGAGAUGGACUGAUGGGGAUUAUGAUGAGAACAGCGGUUGGGUUCACGACGGAGGAACAUCAAUGGAUAAUAUGCGAUGGGCCCGUAGAUGCUGUUUGGAUAGAAAAUUUGAACACCGUGUUGGAUGACAAUAAAAUGUUGUGUCUUGCCAAUUCUGAGAGAAUUAAGCUGACGCCGUGGGUGCACAUGGUGUUCGAAGUGCAGGAUCUGGCGCAAGCGUCGCCCGCCACAGUGAGCAGAUGCGGCAUGGUUUAUGUAGAUUCCGAAGAGCUUAAAUGGCUUCCGUACGUGAAAUCAUGGGUAGCGAAACUAAAUGAAAAUUUGCUCAAUCAAGAAAUGAAAGAAUUCAUGAUCACCCUUUUCGAGCACGCGGUCGAAAACGGAUUUAUUUUCUUGAAGAAGCACUGCUCGUAUUCCAUUCACCAGGUGGAAGUCGGCAAGGCGAAGAUGAUUUGUUGUCUGAUCGAAAGCUUCCUUUCGAUGCCUGGAGCAAUGGACAAGAUCGGAGAGAAGAGUAAAGUCCGCACGUUCUUGUGUCAGACGUUUAUACUGUCGUAUCUUUGGGGAAUAGCCGGAAACCUACUGGACGAAAGUAGAGAAAAGUUCGAAAUUUACGUCAGAGAUCAGUUUGAUGAACAUCCAGAUGCGAGGUUACCGGCCGGAAGUGACAUUUGGUCUUUAUAUAUGGACGUUGUUUCUCAUCGACUAGAACCAUGGCUCAAAAUACUACCGAAAUUUCAGUACGACAAAGAGAUCCCGUUCUUUGAAACGCUGGUGCCCACAAUCGAUACAAUCCGAUUCGGGUACAUCAUGGAGAGGCUGAUGUACGUGAACUAUCCCGUUUUUCUUACUGGAGACACAGGCGUCGGUAAAUCGGUCGUAGCCAAGGAUGUCCUGAACAGGCUCAACGAAACUCGUUUAUUCGUCCCCGCAACUUUAAACUUCAGCGCUCAGACCAGUAGCUUCAGGACUCAAGAAAUUAUAGAGCUGAAGCUGGAGAAGAAAAAGAAGACCUUGCUCGGAGCGCCAGUAGGAAAACGGGUUAUUAUUUUCGUCGAUGACGUGAACAUGCCCAAGCUAGAAACAUAUGGAGCUCAACCUCCGAUUGAACUCUUGAGGCAACUGUUGGAUUACGGAGGUUUAUACGACAGAGAGAAACUAUUUUGGAAGGAAAUAAGAGAUGUUAUAAUUGCGGUAGCAUGUGCUCCUCCAGGCGGGGGUAGAAAUCCACUGACUCCACGAUUUGUGAGACAUUUCGGGAUGCUGUUGAUUCCGCCCCCAAAUGAAUUUUCACUCAAGGCUAUAUUCAAGGCCAUCUUGAAAGGCUUCCUCUUUGAUUUCGCCAAUGAGGUGCGCGACCUGGGAGAAUACAUGGUCAACGCCGCUGUCGAAAUCUAUGAGAGGAUCGCUCGCGACCUGCUGCCAACCCCUACUAAGUCCCACUAUGUAUUCAACCUGCGAGAUCUGUCAAAAUGUAUCCAGGGAAUCACCCAGGCUGAUGCCGGAACGAUGCGUGAGGAGAGUUCGAUGCUGAAGCUCUUCUACCACGAGUGCUUACGAGUGUUUCACGACCGUCUGAUCAACGUCGAAGACAAGUCGUACUUUUACUUGCUGAUGAAGGAGAUUUGCUCUCGAAACUUUGGCAGUAGCGUCGUUCAGCUGCCCGACGAACCUGUCAUUACAAAUCCGCCGAUUUUGCUGUUCGGGGACUUUAUGCAGUUCGGUGCCGAGAAGGAAAACAGGCUCUAUGAGGAGCUCAGGAAUAUGGAGAAAGUGAAGAGCAUCCUGCAGGACUAUCUAGACGACUUCAAUCUCCUAACAUCCAAAGAGAUGAAGCUCAUCUUCUUCAUGAUGGCAAUAGAACAUUGCGUUCGUAUCGCACGAAUUCUCAGAUCGGAGAGAGGUAACGCCCUUCUGGUAGGGGUCGGGGGCAUGGGCAAGCAGAGUCUAACUAAGCUAGCGUCUCACCUCAACCAUUACAAAUGUUUCCAAAUCGAACUGACGAGGAACUACGACCACAGUUCGUUCUUCGACGACCUGAGGAAAAUGUGCUUCCACGCGGGCGUCGAAUACGAGGAUAGCGUCUUUCUCUUCACCGACACGCAAAUCGUCCAAGAAGAGUUUUUGGAAGAUAUCAACAACAUGCUGAAUUCAGGUGAUGUUCCAAAUCUGUUCGAGGCAGACGAUUACGAGAAGGUGAUCAUAGGAACGAGGCCCGCUGCUAAAGAAGCUGGAAUAGACGAAGGGAAUCGAGACGGUAUAUAUGACUACUUCGUCAGUCGCGUACGGAGCAAGCUUCACCUGGUUAUAUGUAUGAGUCCAGUAGGAGAUGCUUUCAGGCGACGCUGUAGAAUGUUUCCCUCGCUAGUGAAUUGCUGCACUAUAGACUGGUUCGAGAAAUGGCCGCGUGAUGCGUUACUUUCGGUUGCUCAGAACAGUCUGAGAGAUUUGGGCAGCGAAGAGGUCUGCAACAAUUUGGCGAUUGUUUGCGUCGCUAUUCACGAGAGUGUUGAAGAAAUGACUGAGAGAUUUUACAAUGAAAUGAGGAGGCACUAUUAUACAACGCCUAGUAGUUAUUUGGAACUGAUCAAGCUGUACAGAGUUACUUUGAAAGUGAAAAUAGAAAAAGUUACGAAAACGAGAGAUCGUAUAGCCAACGGUUUGAAGAAAUUGUACGAAACCAACAGCGUUAUUGAUUCUAUGAAAGAAACCCUGAUUGCUCUGGAGCCCGAACUCGCAAAAAAAUCCGUCGACGUUGCCGAGCUGAUGAAGAAUCUGGCCAAAGAACAGAAACAGGCAGAUAAAGUUCGAUUCAUCGUCAAAGGAGAUGAAGAAGUCGCUAAGGUUAAAGCUGAUGAAACGCAAGUACUGGCAGAUGAUGCCCAAAGGGAUUUAGACACUGCAUUGCCAGCGUUGGAGGCCGCAAAAAAAGCACUGGAAGCGCUCAACAAAAACGACAUCAACGAAAUCAAAGUGUUUCAAAAACCACCAAAGCUCGUACAGUUCGUAAUGGAAUCUAUCAACCUACUCCUUGGCGCAAAAACCGACUGGGCGUCAGCAAAAGUUGUACUUGGAGAUGCUAACUUCUUAAAGAAGCUGCAAGAGUACGACAAAGACCACGUUAGCGAUAUAGUUUUGAAAAAGUUGAAAACCUACGUCGAGCAUCCCGACUUUACACCGGAAAAAAUCGCUACGGUGUCUAAAGCGUGCAAAAGUAUGUGCAUGUGGGUGCGAGCCAUGGAUAUGUACGCCAAAGUGUAUAGGAUAGUCGAACCCAAAAGGAAAAGAUUACAAGCAGCAGAAAAAGAACUGAACCAAGUGAUGGGGACGCUGAGAGAGAAGCAGCGCCAGCUGGCGGAGGUGGAAGCAAUGAUUGCGGCGCUAGAGGCCAAAUUCAACGCAACUGUUGCUGAAAAGGAGGCUCUCGAAAACAACAUCGAGUUGACUUCGAACAGACUCAAUAGAGCAGGCAGGCUGAAUAUAGCUCUCGGUGAUGAACAAACUAGAUGGGAAGAGAGUGUUAAGAGAUUUGCGAUCGAAAUAGAAAAUUCACUGGGAGAUGUAUUGAUGGCGGCAGCUUGUAUAGCUUACUUGGGCGCCUUUACCAGUAACUACCGAAUGGAACUCGUUGCUUAUUGGGAGACAAAGUGUAUCGACCAAGGAAUUGCGUCUACAGAAAACUUUAGCUUGAUAACAGUUCUGGCCGAUCCGUACGACAUUCGCAUGUGGAAUUCGUGCGGCCUGCCCAGAGACAAAGUUUCCACAGAGAACGCCAUUUUGGUAACUCAAGCUGGUCGCUGGCCUCUGAUGAUCGAUCCUCAGGAACAGGCUAACCGAUGGAUUCGUCAGAUGGAGACCGAUAACAACCUUCAAGUAGUCAAAUUGACAGACUCGAACUUUAUGAGGAUUCUAGAGACCGCCAUACGAAUUGGGAUGCCGGUUUUGCUGGAAGAAGUUGGAGAAACUCUCGACCCGACUCUGGGUCCGAUAUUGUUGAAACAAACUUUUAUUCAGGGUGGUAGAAUGCUGAUCCGUUUGGGAGAUUCCGAUGUCGAGUAUGACGAAAAUUUUCGAUUUUAUAUAACAACUAAACUGUCUAACCCACAUUAUCUGCCAGAGAUAUGCAUUCAAGUCACGAUAGUCAAUUUUACUGUUACACCAUCGGGGCUUGAAGACCAGCUACUAGCUGAUGUGGUCAGGUUAGAAAGACCAGAAUUGGAAUCACAAAGAAUCGAACUAGUUGUUAGAAUAAAUAACGACAAAACUCAAUUGAAAAACAUCGAAGAUAAGAUACUCCGACUUUUGUAUCAUUCUAAAGGAAAUAUUCUGGACGAUGAAGAAUUGAUCGAAACUUUGAAUGAAAGCAAGGAAACUUCAGCCAUAAUUGAAGCUCGGCUCAUCGAAACUGAGGCUACCGAAGAGAAAAUAUCUGUUGCUCGAGAAAAGUAUAGAUCGGUUGCGACAAGAGGAUCCGUAUUAUACUUUGUGGUGGCACAACUUGCUGAAAUAGAUCCUAUGUACCAAUAUUCCUUGAAAUAUUUCAAUCAGAUUUUCAACAACGUCAUCGAAACGAGCGAGAAAAGCGACGACUUAUCCUUGAGAUUGGUAAUUCUUCACAAAGGAAUCACCCUGGCAGUGUACACCAACAUAUCAAGAGGACUCUUCGAGAAGCAUAAACUGGUGUUUAGUUUCAUGUUGUGUGUCAGCAUUUUACAGGAAAACGGUACCAUAAGCGAUGCGCAGUGGAACUUCCUACUGCGUGGACCAGUUGGUUCUAAAGGUAUUCUUCCGAAGAAGCCCGAUGUUCCUAUGGUGACUGACGCAAUGUGGCAAGCUGCAAAUUUCCUUUCAUCAACUUACGAUUAUUUCGAAGGCCUCGGAGAUGACGUCAUCAGGUUGAUACAAAUCAGUAUAGGAGAUUUCAAACUCGAUAUCGAAAUAAUUCCUAACGCUGAACCAAGCUUAAUCGAUUGGAACAGUACGUUGGACGACUUUGAUAAGUUGAUGCUUAUCAAAACUCUUCAAGAGGAAAAACUAGUGUUUGCCAUAACGGAAUACGUGAAAAUAAAACUUGGGAAAGUGUUUAUCGAGAGUCCGCAGGUAUCUCUGAAUGUUUUGUACCAAGACACUUCUAACGCAGUUCCGUUGAUAUUCGUUCUGAGCACUGGAUCUGAUCCGUUCGGUGCCUUCCAGAGGUUUGCCGCAGACAUGGGUUUCUCGGAUAAAGUCAAAUCGAUCUCGCUGGGGCAAGGGCAAGGCCCAGUGGCGGAAAAAAUGAUACAGGAAGCCCUGGAAACAGGAGAAUGGAUCUUUCUGCAGAACUGCCAUCUGGCGACUUCCUGGAUGCUCGCAAUGGAGAGGAUCGUUCUGGCGAUCGCCAGAGAUAGUAACAAGGUGCACAAGCAAUUCCGUCUUUAUAUGAGUUCGAUGCCGUCGAAAUCCUUUCCCGUAUCAGUCUUACAGAAUUCCGUGAAAGUCACCAACGAACCUCCGAAGGGUCUAAGAGCUAACGUGAGGAGGGCCUUUACCGAUAUGUUGGAGGACUUUUUCGAAGAGCACCCUUUGGAUCAAAAAUGGCGGACGAUGCUGUUCGGUUUGUGCAUGUUUCACGCCGUAAUACAGGAGAGGAAAAAGUUUGGACCGCUCGGAUGGAAUAUCAUUUACGAAUUCAACGACAGCGACAGAGACUUUGCAUUCAAUACUCUCAAAAUGUUCUGCGCCGAAGGAACUAUUCCAUGGGACGCACUGGAAUACCUCACGGGAGAAAUAACCUACGGAGGAAGGGUGACGGAUUACUGGGACUUGAGGUGCCUCAAAACCAUCCUGAAAAUCUUCUUUUCGCCCGAGACGUUGAAAAGAGACUACGUUUACUCCGCGUCUGGGGUCUAUUAUUGCCCAAUAUUCAAGAAGCUGGAUGAGUACAGAGCAUUCAUUGAUGAAUUGCCAAUUAUUGAGGAACCAGAGAUUUUCGGAAUGCACGAAAACGCCAAUAUAGCUUUUCAGAUAAAAGAAACCCAAACGGUCAUCCGGACAAUUAUGGAGAGCCAACCGAGAGCAGCAGGGGGGUCUGAAGGGAGAUCUAGCGAUGACAUUGUGUAUGAACUAGCAGACUCCGUCAUUAACGAUAUAGUUCCCAAGAUUACUACUGAAGACGCUAAUAUUUACUUGUUCAAGAGAGACGACAAAGGAAGACUUCCAUCUCUGACCACGGUUCUCAUGCAAGAAGUUGACAGGUACAACAAACUGUUGAAAGUUAUCCAUACUUCUAUGGACAACCUGAAGAAGGCGAUCAAGGGUUUGGUUGUUAUGUCGGAGGCGUUAGAGGACGUCUUCAAAGCGUUCAUGAACAACCAGGUUCCGAGAAUGUGGAGUAGGGUGGCGUACAAUUCUUUGAAGAGCCUCGGAAGCUGGAUCCGUGACUUGGUUCUGCGUCUGGACUUCAUCUACUUCUGGGUGCGUUACGGUCACCCCACCUCUUAUUGGAUAUCCGGAUUCUAUUUUCCACAAGGUUUCCUAACUGGGACAUUGCAGACGCACGCAAGAAAGUACAACUUGCCGAUCGAUGAACUGAAGUUUGAUUUCAAAGUUUUUGGAUUUGUAACCGACCAAGAAGAUGUGAAAAAGGCUCACGACGAUGAAGGAAAAGAGGUUUAUAGUGUGUACACUCUAAUGGAGUGCCCGAAAGAUGGCGUGGUUAUUCACGGGCUCUUCAUAGACGCUGGUAGAUGGGACAUGGAUCUCAAGCAACUGGUAGAUCCAAAGCCAGGUGAAAUUAAUCCUUCCCUUCCCGUCUUGUGGUUGAUUCCUACAAGAACCCUGCCACAAUACGACCCAAGAUACGUGACUCCCCUUUACAAAACAUCGAUAAGAGCCGGAGUACUGUCCACCACUGGUCACAGCACCAAUUUCGUGAUUGCAGUGUUGCUACCAACCCUAGAAAAACAAAGCUACUGGAUUCUCAAGGGAACCGCUCUUUUGACCCAAAUCACUGAUUAAGUUCUGAUAAGAUAAAAAUGUAUCUUUCCAUUUAUGUUUAUUGUUACCUAUUUAAUACAGUGAUGUUUCAUUAAAAUGAUUGUUAAUAUA